GAGAUCCAAUGGGAAUAUCUUGGUCCACUGAUUUUAUCAAGGAGGACCCUGAACUAAAUUUGGAAAUGAAUGUAACAGAGAAUAUUGAUGACUUACUUCACAAUUGCAACUUCUUGAAGUCUUGACAAAUACACUGCACUGAAGAGCCGUAGAAGCUGGUAUAUCAGGUGGAAACCUCAACAAGAUACCCAUCUGAUAGUGCAAGAUUGACUCAGAGUACUGGUGGGAGGUGUGGCAUAUGUGAAGAAACAUGUCACCAUCAACUGGUCCAGGAUGAAUUUGUGAUAGAUAUGGAGAAGUCAACACAAGAGUUUGGUACGCAUACAGGAGAUGUGACUGUUGAUAGUGAAUGCUCAGUUGCUACCCAAUAUGACUGUAGUGCGAGGGAAAAGGAAUUACAUGUAUAUAGCUGUAAUUUCUGCCAACAGGGCUUUCCUUCAAAAUACAGACUCAUAAAGCAUGUGUUUAUGCACAUUGAUGGCAUGCAACCACCUUUGUAUGUUUGUAAGUGGUGUUGUGAGAUAUUUGACAGUAAAUUUAGUUUGAAAAAACAUCUGAGAAUGAGUGAGAAUUAUCACGUCUUAACUGCUGGCAUCCAUGAAAAAUAUGGCUAUAGUGAUGAGCAUCAAAGCAGUAUCCUUUUGGAUAGUUUGCCAGAAGUUUCUGUUACAGAACACAAUGUGUGGUCUUCAUACAAGGAAACUUGGAAACCUUCAAAGAAGUCCUCUAAUGACAUGUGUAACACACCUAUGGGAAAUGAUGCUGACAAAAUAAGUGACUAUGGAACUUUGUCUACAGCUGUUAAUGUCAGGACCCAGGGUGAUCUACUUACUGCAGACAGCAUGCACAAAUGUGGUAUUUGUGGCAAAUUGUGUGGUAGGUCAGGUCAUCCCAAGAGAGAGAAAUUACUUGACACUGGAAAGAAACCCCACAAAUGUGAGAUUCGUGGGGAAUCGUUUUCUCAGUCAGGUCAUCUCAAGGCAGAGGAAUUAAUUCGCACUGGAAAGAAACGUCACAAAUGUAAGAUUUAUGGGAGAUGUUUUGCUAGGUCGAACCAUCUCAAGAGACACGAAUUAAUUCACACUGGAAACAAACCUCACAAAUGUGUGAUUUGUGACAAAUCGUUUGCCCAGUCAGGGAGUCUCAAGACUCACAACUUAAUUCACACUGGAAAGAAACCUCACAAAUGUGAGAUUUGUGGGAACUCUUUUACUAGGGCAGAUUAUCUCGAGACUCACAUUUUAAUUCACACUGGGAAGAAACCUCACAAAUGUAAGAGUUGUGGGAGAUGUUUUGCUAGGUCCAGCAGUCUCAAGAGACACGAAUUAAUUCACACUGAAAACAUACCUCACAAAUGUGUGAUUUGUGGCAAAUCGUUUGCCCAGUCAGGUUAUCUGAAGAAUCACAAAUUAAUUCACACUGGAAAGAAACCUCACAAAUGUGAGAUUUGUGGGAAAUCUUUUCGUAUGUCAGAUAGUCUCAAGAGACACAAAUUAGUUCACACUGGAAAGAAGCCUCAUAAAUGUGAGAUUUGUGGCAAAUCUUUUGCUAGGUCAGAGUAUCUCAAGAAACACUUAUUAAGUCACACUGGAAAGAAACCUCACAAAUGUGAGAUUUGUGGGAGAUGUUUUGCUUUGUCAGGUUAUCUCAAGAAACAUGUAUUUCUUCACACUGGGAAGAAACCUUACAAAUGUAAUAUUUGUGGGAAAUCCUUUGCUGUGUUGAAUGCUCUCAAGAGGCACACAUUAAUUCACACUGGAAAGAAAUCCCAUGAAUGCGAUAUUUGUGGGAAGUCUUUUGCUAGGGCUUAUCUCAAGACUCACAUUUUAAUUCACACUGGGAAGAAACCUCACAAAUGUAAGAGUUGUGGGAGAUGUUUUGCUAGGUCCAGCGAUCUCAAGAGACACGAAUUAAUUCACACUGGAAACAAACCUCACUAAUGUGAGAUUUGUGGGAGAUGUUUUGCUUUCACUGGGAAGAAACCUUACAAAUGUAAUAUUUGUGGGAAAUCCUUUGCUUUGUUGAAUGCUCUCAAGAGGCACACAUUAAUUCACACUGGAAAGAAAUCCCACGAAUGC